UUCGCUCGCCUAUGUAUCUCUUCACUCGGUUGCCCCAAUCUCUCUCUCUCUCUCAUACCGUCCUCUCUCGUCUACGACUCUUCUGAAGAUUAGUCCAACCGCAAUGGCGAAACUUGCGCUGCUCUUCGCUCUCUUUGUGCUCCCGGCGAUCGCCGUCGCCGCCCGCCCGACGAAGCACCCCCUCGUGGUGCGUGGAAGGGUCUACUGCGACCCCUGCAAGGCCGGCUUUGAGACCUCCGCCUCUACUUUCAUUGCAGGUGCCAAGGUGAAGGUUGAAUGCAGGCACAGGCAGACGUCGAAGCUCCUGUACAGCCGGGAAGCCACCACUGACUCGACCGGGACCUAUGUGAUCCCUGUCUCUGAGGACCACAAGGACGAGUGCUGUGAUGCAAUGCUCGUGAGCAGCCCUCACCCCACCUGCAAUAUCCCAACGGAGGGACGGGAUAAGGCUCGUGUCAUCCUCACCCGCAACAACGGGAUUUGUACGGAUGAUCGUUUCGCCAACAGCAUGGGUUUCAUGACAGCACAGCCCAUGGCUGUCUGUGCCCAGAUCCUCCAGCAGUACCAGGAGUUCGAUGACUAGGCAUGAGCAGAUGAUCUCUCUCUUGGUUAUCCACCUCUCGGAUUCCUUAAGUUUGAUUUAGCUAUCGUUAAUCAGACUAUCCAUUAGUAUAUGCAUCCUCGAGUGCCCGGAUAUUUAUAUUAAUCUACAUGUGUUUGUAUGGAUUCUUUAAAACCUAUUGAUGUUCUUGGCAGUUCCUAUGGGUGAUGGACUGUCUUCAGCUGUUUUCAUUUAAAGCUUUUAACACCGCAGUUGAAAUGUA